UCAGACUAAAGUGAAAGCAAAAGUGAAAGCGAAAUGAAGUUCUUCAAGGAGAUCCUGCUUAUAAGCUUGGGCAUUUUUAGCUUCUUGGGUGAAUUGGAUGCCCAUGGCAUGAUGUUGACUCCACCCGGAAGAUCUUCACGUUGGCGCACCGAUUCCUCGGCACCAACAAAUUAUGAUGAUAAUGCAUUAUAUUGCGGUGGCUUAUGGAAACAAACCGAAAAUGGUGGAAAUUGUGGACUCUGCGGUGAUGAUUGGAGCUUGGAGCAGCCACGCCCCAAUGAGCUAGGCGGAAAGUAUGGCAGUGGUGUGAUCGUAAAGAGCUAUGCCGGCGUGACCGAGACUGAAAUAAGCGUUAGGAUCACUGCCAAUCAUCUGGGCUAUUUCCGGUUCCACAUCUGCAACCUGGAUGAAAAUGGCAGCGAGUCGGAAGAGUGCUUCAAUCAGUAUCCUUUGAAGUUCGCAGAUGGCAGCACGAAGUACAAAAUCAACACAAAAACUGGAGAUAUACCAGUAGUCGUUCAACUUCCCACCGAGCUCAACUGCAUCCAUUGCGUGCUCCGCUGGACAUAUACGGCGGGAAAUAAUUGGGGAGUGUGUGAGGAUGGGUCAGGGGCCAUGGGCUGCGGUGCCCAGGAAACCUUCAUCAACUGCGCCGAUGUCAGUGUUCUGUCCUCAGCGAGAAGUAUCUUUCACGAGGUGCCAGUGGAGGUGGCGGAAUCGGUAUAAAUCUGUUUGCGCGGAGGCCAAUCAAACAACUUUCCUAAUCUCAAUAAAUUAUUUAUUCGUUUUCUUUAAAAUGUA